ACGGUAGCACUGAUUCAAGAUUUUUACAUUCGGACGGACGCCUCGAUGCACAAAUAAAAUUUAAAAUAAAUCGGGUGAAACGGCCAAUCGCGCAAACAGUGGCUCGAAUCGAAGAGUUAUAAUCUUGUAAAAUUCGAAAAAAUCCGAAAAAUACAGUGCGUUUAUUCGGGGUGAUUUGGGAAAGUGUGGAAAGGCGGAAAAGUGCAGUCGAUACUGCAGUUCGGGGUUCCUUCGGAAAAGAGCAUCUCCCAGUGGUUGACAAACCAGUUAAACCAAAGCCUCUUUUUAAGGAGUUAUUCGCUAGAACCAACUAAUCCGCCAUGGGUCUCAACGCCUGCUGUUCGUGCGUCAAAUAUCUGAUGGUCCUUAUAAACAUUUUAUUCUGGCUCAUCGGCCUGACCAUCGUGAUCACCUCUGUGUGGAUGCUGACAGAUCCCACAUUCAUGCUGUCGAUGACACAAUCAUACCAUCACUAUCAUAUAGCCCUAUACGUCUUCCUGGCCAUUGGAAUACUGUCCAUAUUGGCCGCGUUCUUUGGCUGCUGUGGAGUCUGUCGGGAGUCGCAAUGUAUGCUGGUUUCGUUCUUCUGCCUCAUACUCAUCGUGAUGGUGGCACAAAUUGCAGCCGGAGCCUGGGCAUUCCACAACAAAGACAAACUGGAUGACAUCGUGCGGGCGGCGGUCAAGUCGUCGGUUCAGGAGGAGUACGGUCAAUCCUCGAUGAGUUCGCGCACCGUCACUUUCGAUACCCUGCAAAAGAAUUUGCACUGCUGCGGUGCCGAUGGACCUGGCGAUUGGGCCACCAGUCGCUUUAAUAAUGUGGAUCGCACAAAUAUUGUGGAGAUCGCCGUGUCUUCCAUGAAUGUUUUCUAUAACAUACCGGAAUCCUGCUGCAAGGACAAUCUGAAGGACAACGAGUGUGAGCUGUCGCGACGGCUGAAAUUUGGUGGUCCACUGAACAACGCCAUUUAUCAGCAGGGCUGCGUGGACAAGCUGAUUGAGAUCGUUUACGAGAACUGGGUCACCCUUUUCGCCAUCACCGCCGCUGUCAUUCUGCUGGAGCUGGUGUCCCUGACCUUCGCCCUGAGCCUCUGCUGCGCGGUGAGGAAUCAGCACUACAAGGCCUGAGAAUUACAGAACUCCCAUAGGGAAAUCACCGACGAUGAGAAGUACUAACAAACCAAAUCGAAACGGAUGCAUAGCGAGCGUUAUUACUGAAGACGUGUGUGCGAAUGGGGGAAAAGCAUUUAGCGGCGAGGGCUAGCGAAGAUAAUGUCCGGUGUUCCCUGGUCAAUACUUUAACAACAACAACACAACUGACAACAACACAAUUUUGUAGUACUUUUAACAACAAGACAACCGAAAACAACAACACGGGAAGCUGAGCAAUUGUAUUUGAGACGUAAGAACUUUUUGGAAUUUGUGGAAUGUUUUUGAAUCACAAUAUCCACAGGAGUCUCGGUAUCGACUUUAUAUGAACUUGAUAUGCCAGCAGAGCAAAAACAAAAACACUUUUUUAACAAAAUAUUUCUACCACAAAAACAAACACAGACAGUAAACAACUCCAUGUAUGUGAGAACAGCAUAAGCAGCUUCAUAAUACUUAGCCUAGCGAAAAAGUUUCGAAUUCAUAGAUACAUACUAUAUAUUAAAUAUAUAGAUCAAAGCAUAAGCACAAAAGUAUAAUGUUAAACGCCAAAACCAAUGGAAUAAUGUAAAAAAGAAAAGCAAUCAGAUUUCUUUUAAUAUUUAUUUCCCCCGUAUAAGACUUUGGAAUCGAUUAGCAAUUUGGUUUUAUCUGUGGCCAUUUCUGUAUGCUAACACAAUGCCAAAAGAUAUAUGAAUUCAUAUAUACGUAUGUAACGUAUGAUAACAGCAUUCCACAAGAAUGAGAAUGAUUGACAGAUUUUUGUUCUGGUUAAACGCAUUGCCAUCCAAAGACCCAGCCCAAAAUACAUAUUUUCAAUUCACUUCUUAACCUUGUGCAAAAUGUUGUGCUAAAGAUCGAAUACCGUUCAAUUCGUAGAGCUUCGCGAAAUUAAAUGCCAAAUAUUUUAUGUAAUUACAAAAUUGUAAUUUAAUUUAUUUAUGACCUAUUUAUUUGAGCAUAAGCAAGGAGCAAAAGCAAAAUGUUAGAAAGUAUUAAGUAAGUGUUGGCCAUUCUGCUGACAAGCAGCAUUUUGUAAAUUUAAAACUCAUACUAUCUACCCCCGAGCAGUAAAUUGGUCCAUUUUUGUAUAAUCCUACAAAGGAUAUAAUCAGUUAUUGAUCCCUAAGAACUGCAGGGGUAUCUAAAUUAGUUUGAGUUAGUGUGGGCCAUGCUAUUAACUCGCAACCUUUAAAAUCCCACACACUCAAAACGAACUUUUUCGAAUCCAACUUACCUGCAUCGAAAUGUUUUAUAAUUUAGGAAUCCUGGAUCGUGCAAGGGAAAAUAUUUAUGUUUGAUUCCGACAAAGCAGCACAAAAUGUUAAAUGAAAAGUACACACGAACGAAACAAAAAGUCUCUAUAUUUACAUUGUAUUUUUACCAUACACCAUAAACUAAUUAAAGGAUAUAUAUUUUUUGUAACAUUUUCAUUUUAUUGUUGUUAUAUGUGAAUUUUGUUGUUAGUUAAGCGUAGCCUGAACGUCACACUUUGUACCCCCUCACAACGUUUAAAUAAAUUAAAUCUACAAAAACCAAAUCCAA